AUGACCGACUUCCACAAGGUUCAAGAGCUGGGUCUGGACGAGGACACCACCCUCAAGAUACUGGAGAGGCUCAGACACAUCAGUCAGUUAUACCGAACAGGAAAGCCCCUCUUCCCCCGUCGUCUGCUGGAAGACCUCAGCCACCAGAUCGACGAAGGGAAGGAAGAGGUAUACAUUCCAGACUUCGAUGACGUGCCCCAGGCCUACAGCCUUAAAGUCCCCAAUUGGUGCACGGAUUUCGCUAACACCUAUCGGAUCAACUACCAAAGCAUCCACUACCUGGGCUGUCCCACUCCGUUCUGUCCAGAGUUCGUCCUACGCAGCGAUCAUGCCCCGGUCACUAUAGGUACAUGCGCUCCUCAGGCCCAAGUGGAAGUAUGGCUGGAGAGCUCUGGUCGUCAAAGCCUAGUACACCAUCUUGCCACUCUUAAGACCACGGCAAAGAUUCGAAAGAUAGUCUGCUUCGGCCUUGGCUCCCUCGGAAGGCGGUGCGGCUACCACUGUACGCGGGCCCAUACGCAACAUGCUGCAGUAGAGACGAUGGUGGCGUCGUUGGCCAAGAGAGGUCUGAACGAUAAUCAGGAGAUCAAGUGUUAUGCGCAGGAUCCAGUUUACGACGAGGUCGACCAGGAGUUCCUCAGAAGUAUCGGAAUCACCCCAUUAGAAGACCCCAAGGGAUUUCUUCAAGUGGAUGAGCACACGCUGGUCUUUUCCGUGAGCCCCAACGUCCCGGUCAAACAGAUCGUUGCCGACCUUCACUGGCCUGCUGCAAUGAUAUGGAACACUGUGACUUCAUCCGAGAAGGAUAAAUGCUGGGUCAAGCGCACGGAGAAGAAUGGAACAGUCCGUUGGACAUGCCCCUUCACCACUGACCCUGACUCUGGACGUGUGCGUCGGAUGGUCAAACAUUAUGCGCAGGCACAGCUAAAAGAUCCGGAUGAGUAUUUUGGGGAUUUAACUAUUUACAUGAAGUGUGAAGAAUAA